GCCGAUUCAGUGUGUCUCAAAGCGUCGUCGUCGUCGGUGAUCGCGUGGUUGUUGUCGUUGGCGUAGUUGCGCUUUAACGGUCUUUGCAGGCGCUCAGUCUACGCAUUUCAGUAAAAAUACAGUUCACUCCGUCUUCCAAAUCAACGCGCUAAUAAUAAAUAAAAACAAAAAUUGUCAAAUUUGAAACCAACAACUACCAAUUAUCCAACGAGCAACACACAACAAACAUGUAUGUGCCAUCAUAGGAGGACAGUGAACAUAUGUUUUGGAGCAGUAUCAUAGCCAAUAAGUAAAGCCCGGAACUGGAAAUUCAAAUGUAUGCUUACAUAGAUAUUUAUGUAUAUGGACUAUAGACAGAUGAUAUACACAUUUACUUUACAGAGCAGCGCAUAGAAUUAAAGAAAACACAUCAGAUUUAUAAAGCAACACCCCCGCACACAUAACUACACACACCAACACACAUACACACACAAUGGGCAAGGACUACUAUAAGACUUUAGGCAUCACAAAAACUGCCACCGAUGACGAGAUCAAAAAGGCCUACAGAAAAUUGGCGUUACGUUAUCAUCCUGAUAAAAAUAAAGCCGCCAAUGCUGAAGAGAAAUUCAAAGAGAUCGCCGAGGCAUAUGAAGUGCUCUCCGAUAAAAACCAACGUGAGGUCUAUGACAAGUACGGCGAGGAUGGACUGAAAAGUGGAGGCGCUCGUAAUGGCGGCGGUGGAGGCAAAAAUACAUUUACAUAUCAGUUUCAUGGCGAUCCUCGGGCCACAUUCACACAGUUCUUUGGCAAUAGCAAUCCGUUCGCAUCGUUCUUCGAUAUGGGCGAUAAUCUGUUCGAUAAGAAUGUGUUCGAUUUGGAUACGGAGCCAGAUUUCUUCUCAUCGCCAUUUGGUGGUCUGGGCUCAAGGCAUGGCCUAGGCAGCGCCUUCAGGCCCUCUUUUAGAUCACACUCCUUCAAUGUGCACACCCCCUUCAAAAAGGAACAAAAACAGGAUCCGCCCGUUGAGCAUGAUCUCUAUGUGACGCUGGAGGAGAUCUAUCAUGGCUGUGUUAAGAAAAUGAAAAUCUCACGUCGUGUCAUCCAGCCCGAUGGUAGCUCGAAAAAGGAGGAUAAAGUCCUGCAAAUAUCUAUUAAACCCGGCUGGAAAUCGGGCACCAAAGUCACGUUCCAGAAGGAGGGCGACCAAGCGCCCGGCAAAAUACCAGCAGAUAUUGUGUUCAUCAUUAGGGAUAAGCCCCAUUCCAUGUUCAAGCGAGAGGGCAGUGAUUUGCGAUAUACGGCGAGGCUGACACUCAAGCAGGUGAGUACAAAAGAUGAUAGAAUUGAAGGAAUAUAGAAGAAGAGGAGAACA